AGCAAAAACGAUUGCAUUCGAACGCAAACUGUGCGAUAUGAUGUAUGAUUGUGUAUUGAGUAUACAUGAUUAUAUCAGCUCUAUCAGUAAAACAAGUUGUAAGUGUGUCAGAUACAUUAAUUGUAAACAUCACCACAGUGCAAGCAUGAUACCACUAGUGGAAGCCAAGAGAACGUUGUUGUGUGUACGUUUAGCAACCGGAUUAGUACGAGUACUCUCAUGCGUAAACAUUUUGGCCGGUAUCGUAUCACUAUGCGUUGACGUUGAAACUUUCUUCAGGAUCGGCUUCUUGAUUUCUGGAUCCGCAGGACUCACACAGCCAUUAUUAAUGGCAUGUGUGUACUCGAAUCAACCGUCGCCAAAUUACCAACAAACAUCGAUUUGUAUGAAGUAUAUCCUGUACGUCUGGCUCUUUAUUCUGAACUUAGCUGUGGUACCGUGUGUUUUACUUUCGCUGGAAUACAUAUUUACGGAUGAAAGAAUGUAUACUCCCCAACUUUCUAUCUUUCUGGCCAUCGUUGUCUUCGUCACAUGUUUCAUUCUCACGAUGAUUAACAUGUACACGUUUUGUAUCCUGCACAAGAACGGCCUCUGCUUUUUGUACAGCCUCAACAAGGAUGUUGAACACGCGAAUGUGCCGGUUCAGAUCAGUUUUGGGUCCGCUCGGAUAACUGCUAGUACUCCACCUGACGACACUUCAAUGAUCUUGCCACCUCCGUAUUCAGUUGCAGUCAGCAAUCCGGGAGACGGGUCUGAUUGCUAUGUUUGAAAUGAUCGCGAGGGACUUGUUUAAAACACGAGAUUUUUUUGGACACAAUGAUAUUUGUCGAUUUUCUUGAACAAAGUGUUUGGGGUGUUUGUACAUUUAUUUGACAAUGCUCAUUACGCCUUUUAAGCGCAAAUAAUUCACAGACACGUUAUAAAGUGUAACUAGGGGAAAACUAUGCGUUUAUUACUUGUUACCCAACAUACCUUACGGUCAUAACCAAAAUAUUUAAUUAUGUUCUUGAACAAGUUUAUUAGAUGCAUGUAUAGUUUUGACAGCAUCCAUUUUAAUAAAGUUAAAAUACGCAAUUAUACAACUAAAUAAAAAUCUAUAUCAACAUAGGCAUAAACAAACAACAUAUGUUUAAGUAUUAAAUUUAUAUUUUAUGUUGCAAAAAUAAAGAUGUGUAUGUGGCCCCAACAUACGCAUUUGUUUUUAAAUUGGCUUUGUAUAUUUCUAGCUUAUAAACAAUCGGUAAAUUGUGAUUCGUGUAAUAUGAAAGAGUCUAUGACUCAGUGUUGUUGAUUGCUUUGCUUUGUUUAUCAAUGCUACAAAAUAUAUAAAUUAAUUAUUAAACGUUACUAUACUGCUA